AUGUAUGAUGAAAAUCUCAAUGUGCAAGAGCAAGUCCAAGACUUGAAGAUGUAUGACCAAGAUCUGAAUGUGAAAGACCAAGAACAAGACUUGUGGAUGUAAGACCAAAAUCUGAAUGUGCAAAACCAAGUCCAAGAUUUGAAGUUGUAUGACCAAAAUCUGAACACCAAGACCAAGACUUGUGGAUACCAAAAUCUGAAUGUGCAAAACCAAGUCGAAGACGUGAAGUUCUUUAACCAAAAUCUGAAUGUGAAAGACCAAAUCCAAAACUUGAGGAUGUAAGACUAAAAUCUGAAUGUGCAAAACCAAGUCCAAGACUUGAAGUUGUAUGACCAAAAUGUGAACGUGCAAGACCAAAUUUAAAACUUAAGGAUGCAAGACCAAAAUCUGAAUGUGAAAGACCAAGACCAAGACCAAGACUUGUGGAUGUAA